UUUCAUUUAAUUGGUUGAAGAUACACACCUUGACUAAGUGUGUAAUGUUAAUGGUGAGCUUGAGCAACAAUAUAUCUCUGAAAAAAAACGGGGAUGUUCUUGUAUACUUAACAACCGAUUGAUAUCGCAUAUGAUUUCUCUGUUUAGAAUGUGGUCUCUUUCCUGAAAUUCCAAAUGAUUUAAGAAAAUACGAAUUAUUUAUUGCUUUUUUUUUUCUCGACAAAGAAGACGUUCUAUUAUGUGGUACUUUCUGGUCAAGAGAAACGUCGUCUGCAGUUAAAUACAAUUAUAGAAGCAGGGGGAGAUAACAUGAUGCGGUAAACAAUGUUGGUGUCGGGGGAUUUACACUUUCACUUUUAACUUUGUUUUUAAUUUUUUUAGUUAUGGUUAUUUUCGUGUCGCAUUGUCUCAGUUCUAGGGCUUUGUGCGGGUAGAGUUUUGAAGCUCUAGUUCCAACGCCCACCUAUCCUCCCCCCGACCUUCCUUUCCCGUUUGGGAUCUUAUUUUCCAAAUUCAGGAUCUGUUAAGAAGGAAGGAUUUUUCUCGAGAGGAAACUACUUUUUUCCUCUUCCCCAAUCUAGGAGGUGGGUGACUGGCGGACUCUCCACUUUGACAGUAUCUUCAGCCAGAAUAGCAAAUACAUUCAUGGCGAACUCCAGCAUACCUUCCUCAGUGAAUCAAGGCAUGGCUCACAUAAGUGGUGGGAAUUUGGUCAAUGGCUACUACAAACAAGGACCAUAUUCGGGAGGAAGAAGCAGAAAUGCCGGCGGUAGGUCGGGAAGCCGAGGUCGGGGCAAGCCUGCUGCCAGGGUUGACCUUACCAAGAAAUGGUAUCUUCAAACCUUGCCCAUUCUUGCGAAGGAAACAAAUUUGAAUGUACAUCCCGAGUGGGAAGACCGCAUAAUGAAUUAUCUAGUCCAUAAGACUCACCCUGUAAAGACCAUGGAACUGGCACGUCUUGUAAGUGUUCGUUCACGAAAAGAAGUGAAUCCGACUUUGUACAGCAUGGAUAGACGUGGUUUGAUAAGAAAGCACGGCAUGCAGCCGCCAACUUGGGUUAUUGCUGAUCCACCUGCAUCUCAUACAAAUUAUAACCAGAAUGAGUCUCAUUAUUCUAGUAGUCCAGGAAUCUAUCAGCAUGGCCCAGUAUCAAGAACACCACCAAAUUUCUAUGCUAAUAACCGUGAAAGUUAUAGAGGACAGAAGACUCCCAAUAAUAAUUACCAGCGUUCAAAACGAUCAACCUAUAGAAGUGAAUGGCAUAGUUUCUGUCCACCAUCUCAUAUAUACUCAGAAAGUAAGAAUGAAUCUCUCAUCUACAGUCACAGUAGUAAAGAUACUGAAAUUCUCUCUAUUGGAAACACUAGUUCUCCAAAUAGAUUACGUUCAGAAAGUUGCAGCCCAGAUGAUUGUGAGGCCCUGGAAACAGCAAUUGCUAAUUAUCCACACAGUGGUGGAUAUGGCCAAGGCUAUUCAGGACAUUUUCCUGUAACUUCUGAAUCUAAACAAAGUGGUAAGCCACGAAGGAGAAAUUGUGAUAACUUUAACAUGCAAAAUUCUUCAAAUGGUACCAUGAUGCCAUUAAAAAGUAAUGACAGGAUGGUCAUCCAACAGAAAAAGAUAGACUUGCAGGAUGAUCGUGAAAGACAUUAUGACGGAAACUAUCAAUCAUACCCUAGUAACUUUAUGAACUAUGCAAAUCAUUCUUUUGGAGAUAUGCCUGUUUGUUACCAUCAGAUGGACCGAGAGGGUCCGGAUAUGUCUCGCGUACACCUGAGUUCCUUGAAGAAAGACUCGAAGGACCAUUCGCCCCACGAUCAAAUCUCUCCCAAACGGAACUCAAAUAUAAAGGCUUGCAAUUCUGACCCGCAUGACCCACAUGCUAAAAUCAUAUCCUUCCUUGAUAAAACCAUGAAUGGUUCUGCUAAAUCACGUGAAAUAGCUAAACAUACAGGCCUUUCUCUCGAAGAAACUCAAAAGCAUUUGCAUAGUUUAUGUAAAAAGAAAAUAGUCACCACUAUUGGUGAAGAUAUUUAUAUUAUGGCAAAGAACGCAGCCAGUUACGAAACUGAAAUCCCUGCUGGAAAAAGUUCUUCAUCUGUGAACUCUGCCAUGUCUCGUCAGUUUUCUAGUGGAAACCGGCAACCUCCUGCUCCACCACAUGUUCUACUGGCGGACAAUGGCAUCAACUCUAGCAACAUGAAAAGUGCUUAUUACCAAAAUAAUAAUUCCCAAAAACAACCUGGGUCUUCAAACGAACCAAAAUCAGCAUCAAAUCAGGCAAGUAGAAAUUCUCAUCUACCUCCUUCCCCUCAUGAGCUCCUUGCAAAAGAUCCCGUCUUUAAAGGAGAUGUUGCUGUAUCUAAUUCAAGCAAUUCUUCUAAGGAAUUCAACCAGUCGUCAUCAUCUUCGUCAGCAUCCUUGUCGUCCUCAACGUCAAAGAAUUCUAGGUGGAACAAUAGCACCACACUGAUAGAAAGCUCAAGGGCACCAGCUACGAAUUCCACUUCAACGUCAUCGACUACAUCAUUUGCUCCAAGUCCCAAGCAAAGUAAUUCAAGUUCUAAACAGUCUGCUGGAAGUUCUAAGCAGACGUCAUCUUCAAAACAAACUGCUUCAAAUUCUAAAGGCUCUGGGUCAAAAGGUUCCUCAGGCUCUAAGCAAGGAUCUUCUAAUUCCAAAUCUGCUUCGAGCUCAAAACAAAGGGCCAACAGUCCAAAGCAAAAUGCUUCAAAUAAUCAAUCUUCAUCUCAGUCUAAUUCAAAUUCCACUGUUAACAACUCAAAUAAUAAAAAGAAUUCAGUUGAUAAUAUCCAAGAUCUUCUUAAGAAUACAUCCAUUUCCUCUUCAAGUGAAACUACUGAAACUAAAACUCCAACUUUAGCUGAAAUCAAGGCAGCAGCAGUAGCGCAGGCGUUGGCCGACAAAGCGGCUGAGAAAGGAGCUGACAAGGCUGGUAUUGACUCACUGGCACCAAAUCUGCAGAUCACUUCAGAGAGUUUUGCUGCCCUUAACAAAAAUCCUGUAAGUGCAUUGAUGGAAUAUGCUCAACAGCGCCAUUUACCUGUUGAAUUUAAGCUCUUAUCACACAGAGGACCUUCUCAUCGACCAUUGUUUAAAUUCGCCGUGAUUCUUGGUAAACGCCAGUUCCCCAGUAUGGAGUGCAACAGUAAGAAGGAUGGUAAGAAAGAGGCAGCCGAUCUGACAUUGCGCAUUCUCAUUGCUGAAGGACAGUAUCAGUUAGAGAACACCGUCUCAGCAUUGAAAACAAUUCCACCUGCAGAAAUGACACAUUUCGAUAAAAUGGCUGCCUUGAGUCACCAGGCAUUUAACAAUAUUGCCUUGCAAAUCCCCGAGAACCUUGCUGGGAGAAAAGUAAUCGCCGCUUUGGUGAUGAAGCGAUCACCAACGGAUACGGGAAUUGUUAUCAGUGUUGGAACUGGUAACCGCUGUUUAACCGGUGAUCAUUUGAGUUUGGAAGGCAACAGUGUCAAUGACUCUCAUGCUGAAAUAAUCACACGCCGAGGUUUUCUGAGAUAUCUAUACAGACACUUACUGGAGUAUGAUGCAGAAGUACCCAAUGAUCUCUUCGAGAAAGGUGAACGUAGUAUAUGCCGGAUUAAAACCAAUAUAACAUUCCAUUUAUAUAUAUCUACUGCUCCUUGUGGAGAUGGAGCUCUUUUUUCACCCAGAGAUACUGACUCAAGUAAUGCAAAAAUGGAGGAGGAAAACAAGCAUAUUCAUAAUCCAACUUUUUCAAGCAGUGUACAAGGAUUGCUGCGAACAAAAGUGGAAGGAGGCGAAGGAACCAUUCCAAUCGAUGCUGAUUUCACUGAACAAACAUGGGAUGGAAUUCAACGUGGUGAAAGAUUGCGUACAAUGUCUUGCUCUGAUAAAAUUUGUCGCUGGAACGUUGUUGGUCUGCAGGGGGCUCUUCUGAGCCACUUCAUCGAGCCUAUAUAUUUAGAUUCGCUGACAUUAGGUUAUCUUUAUGAUCAUGGUCACCUUGCUCGUGCAGUAUGUUGCCGUAUAGAACGUGGAGAAGCCUCUGUAAAUCAGCUGUUACCAGAAGGCUAUCGUUUGAACCAUCCCUGGCUUGGCAGGGUAACUGCUUGCGACCCCCCAAGAGAAACCCAAAAGACAAAAUCUCUGAGCAUAAACUGGUGUUAUGAUGAUGAGAAGUCUGAAGUUCUUGAUGGCACAGCUGGCAUCUGUUAUACAGCGAUUGAGAAAAACCUAUUCUCUCGUCUAACAAAGCACAACUUGUAUGAAGAAUUUAAGAGAGUCUGCCGCAAAUUUGAUCGUAAUGACCUGCUUACUGCCCCUUCUUAUAACAAAGCCAAGAUGAUGGCUACUCCCUUCCAGACAGCUAAAAAUGUGAUGCUGAAAAAAUUAAAAGAAAACAAUUGUGGUACCUGGGUAUCAAAACCCAUUGAAGAAGAAAUGUUUGCUUAGAGGUAUUCAAGGAAACUUCACUUUGCUUCAAUCCAGGUACAAUAGACAGAAAAAGAACAACAAAAUUAAAAUCAUGUCUUUUCUUCAGCUCAGUGGCUGUUUUACCAAUAUUUUUUUCACCAAUAUUGGUUUUCCAGAGUAGUGUUAUCGUUCCAAGGAGAAACUGAACAGUCUAUAACCAUAUAUCUUGAAUUUUGCCAAUUUACAUGCUGUUAGGAAAUUUAGAAAUCUUGUUAGUUGGCUUGUUAAAUAUCACUUGGAGGAGACAUAAUUAAAUUCAGACAUUUAGAAUAUUUCAGUAAUCUAUUUGAUUUCAAUUUGCAUGAUUUACACUUCUUUUGAUUUCGACAUCUUUUUGUGGUUAACUGAUGUUAACACACAUUUAUCAUAUUGAAAAUAUUUACUGAUUAGCUAAGUAAUUCACUGCAAUCACAGUUUUGCUAGAAUAUGUGAGUUAAUCUAAUUCUAAAACUCCAAUAAUUAAUUUUAUUUUAUUUACCUCCCUGUUUCAAAAUAAUCACAAUUUUCAUUAAAACAACUUGGUCUAGGACGAGAACAAUAAGUUGCACUUAAAGAAACAUUGAUAACAAAAGCACUUAUUUAUUGUGUUAAUUCUAAAACUGAUUUCUUGAAAACAAUCAAUAUAUUCACAUUGUUUAUUACAACCAAAUGAAACUGUUUUUAGCAAUAAUAGUGCCAGUAACAAACAUUAGACUGUUGUUUGAACAAUAUAAUUAUUAUGUAUUUAAUGUUUUUCUUGUACAAUCUGUCAGUUUACCAAAAAUUACCUUGAUCUCUUUUUUUUUUUAAAAAAAUUUGAUUCCUUUUAAUAGAUACUUUGUAAAUUGGAUUACAUAUCAAACUACUUCCACAUUUGCUUAUAACACUUAUAACUCAAUUGAAAGCAUCUCUUACACAACAUGCAUACACACAGACAUUUAUAUCCAAUUCUAGUCUAAUUGUUGUUGCUGUGAAUAAUUCCAGAACAUUUGCUUUCCCUUGAUGGCGUAUUUUUUUUUUAAUAUUUGUAAGGUUUUACUAUGAACCGUCUAUAAUCCACCAUUAUUCAAAUUGUAAGAAAAUUAUAACUAUUUGUUCUUUUAGAAAGCUUUUAAAAUAACAUUUAUAAUUGGUGCUAGAUAUUUUUAAGGCUUUAUGUAGAAAUAUUUGCCAAAUUUUUAAAACAGCUUAGGUUUAUUGUCAAACUUGUAAUUAAUAUCAUAAAUUUUUUUUUUUCUGAUAUAACUUUAAAAAGAAAAAAAAUGAAAACCAUGAUUCCUCUGCAACAUAAUUAAAUUUGAAUAACUAUGUGCACAUGAAAUAACAUUUUGCUGAUAAUGCUGUCUUUUUGUGGAUGUAUAUCGUUAAAUCUCAUUAGAAUGUUCAGUCUGAUUCCUACAUACAUUUGCCAUUGAUUCGACUUUAUUAAUGCAAAUACAUUUUAAAUAUUCUGGUUGUUCUGACAGUUCUUGAUAAAAUGUCAUCUAUAUUUAUGUCUCCUCCAUAUAUCAAUGUAAUUUAUCUUUUAUUGAAUUCGGUAUACAUUUUUUUUGUCUCUUUUAAAUCUUAUUUGUACAGAUUUUUUUUUCCAAUCAAACCGCUAUGAUGUUCAGCAUGUAUAAUGUAGACAGUUACAUGAGUUUAAGGAAACUAUACAACGAGAAAGAACUCAACAGUUCUCUGCAAGUGUCAUCUGAAUAGUAAAAUGUCUCAUUUGGCAACAUCCUAUCAUUGAAAAACAAUAGAAAUUGUAGGAAACCCCAAUUUCCCUACCAUAACAAGUUUCAGAUAUUGUUUCUGAAACUGUUGUCUACAUUUUGGUGGAUGUAUUUAACUACUGAUGAACUUAAAAAUGUAAGACACCAGAGAACUAUUUCUUCGGUUAAAACCCACCUAAGAUUUCUUUUAUAAAAUGUAUAUUUUAGAUUUUUUCAUGUACAUAAGCUGUGUGUGUUUACAAGUGUUUUAAAAAGACUUUAAAAAAAAAUGACCAAAAUUAAUCAUGUUCCAAUUAUACAUGUGCAUGUGUGUAUGCACAUCACACGAAUAUAUGCAUGCACAUAUACACAAAUACAUGCAUGCAUAUACAUGCACCCACAUAAAACAAUCUUUUAUCUUUACAUAUCUAAGAUCAAUCAUGUCUCAAGAAAUAAGUUGUUAUCUUUCAAGGUUUCUAGUUGGUAAGACAGUUUACCAGCUAAUCUUCUAAGCUAGGAAGUGUACGAAUUUGAUUAAAUUCUGAUCUUUUAUUUCAAAUCAGCUCUUGUGUUGUUAGUGAAUAAAAACAGUGUGUAUUCAGUCGUGUAUUUAGGGAACAUAAUCGAAACCAGUUGUUUGUGUACAGGAGAUUAAUGGAACUUGAAUUUUGUUCUCAUUAUCUAUAUUUAAAGAGCUCUUAAUUGUCUUGAUAUACUACAGUCAAUGUAUCAUGGAACCUUGUUUCAAUAUUUUAGGAGUUAUUUACAUUUAAAUACAGAUACAUGAGACUUUCAAGUAUAUGAUACAGGAACUGGUAAUAUUACAUAAACAUGGGAAAAAACUGUCUCAAAUUGAAAAUAUAGGUGUAUUUUUAACAUUAUAUAUACACAUAUAUUUGCUUAUAAGUAGAUAAAUGUAUUUAUAUAUGUGUGUGUUUGUGUGUAUCAUUAUAUAUAUAUAUAUAUAUAUAUAUAUAUAUACACAUACAUACAUACAUGCGCAUAAAUGUAAGAGAAACAACGUAUUCAUUCAUGUUCAGUAGAUGACUAUGUGCAAGUGUGUGUGCAUAUAUAUACUUGCACACAUACAUGUACUUGAUGAUUAUCAUGGUGUGCAUGUGUGUAAAAUUAUAUUGUGGUGAUUUAUAUAUGCCUUUUCACAUUUGAAGAAAAAUCUCUAGAAAGCAAAUAUUUUAUAUUUGAAUAAUAUUUCUUCCCCUAUCUCAGUCUCUCUACAUUAAUUGAUAGACCUCUCUCUGUAGUAUGUAUACUAGAGAGACAGAGAGAAUGAGGGUAUAGAGAAAUACAUUUAUCUGUAUUAACACACACACACAUGCACACACAAACCUCGGAUUCAUUUGCAUGCACAUGGAUUUUCUUCAUAGUAUUUGAUAUGCCAUUGUCCCUUUUUUUCCAUUUUUUUUUUUUUGUUAGGUUUCGUUUCUCAUCCUAAAAAACAUAUUUAUUUAAUUUCUUUCAAAAAGAAACAUUUUGUACUCAUCAAUCAUGACAUUAUAAUUUGAAAUAAGAAUUUUAAUCUUAUUUUAAAAUUGUUCCUUGCUGCAUUUUGUAAAAUAUUUUCUUUUAUCUCAUCUGAUUGAUCAAAUGUUUUUCUUGUGCAAAGUUAGUUAUUUUCCUGUCUCACUAAGUGGUGGCAUUGUUAGUUUCUUCUUGGCUGACUUACUACUGUUAUAAAGAACGAUGGGGAAGCAAUCAAGGUUAUAAUGUUGAAGAAUUAAAAAAAAAUAUAUAGAUUAUGUGAUGAUAAGUUUUGUCACAUAUUAAUCAGAAAUUGGGAUUUAAUCCUUGAAAAUGUAAAUUCCAAGUAAAUUGCUCUCUCAGGUGAGCUAAUUUCUAUGUUUCUUUUGGUAAUAUUUUAGAUAUGUAUUUUUAACAUCGUAUAAAGGGUAUUUCUUGCUACUAAAGUAAAUACAUUGUAUGCUUUGAUGUAUCCUUGAAAGGCUUUUUUAAAACUGAUGUUUGCUUCAAUCAAUAUAGUUUCUCUCUCUCUCUUUCUCUUUCUCUCUCUUUCUCUCUCUCUCUCUUUGAAUUUGUGAAAUGUUGACUAAAGCUUUUGACUGACUUCAUUUUGGCUUAUCAAACAUAACCUGCUACAAUGUUAAAAAAUAUAUACAUCUUCACAUCAUGAAAGGUGGAUGUAUUUCAUGACAUUUUCUUUCUGAUUCCACUCACACUAGCUGGUUGAGCUGCUGUAUUCUGCGACCAUUUCUUCUGUUCGUUGUCAAUAUAUGUUGCUUAUUCAAAGAUGCAAUGAGAGAAAUGCAUUUUUAAACAUUUUAGCAUUAGUCAAAAAUUUUAUGUGUAUAUAUAAGAAAAAUGAACUCUCUUCAAAGUAAAUGAUAUUGCUAUGAUUCUUAGUCUUGACAUAUUAUUAAGGUCAACUAAAGAAAUUAUCAUGAUGAUGAUGAAGAAAUUUUCAAGUCAGUAAAAAGUUUUCAGUUUUUAAGAAUUUUGAAAAAAAUUUCUUCAAAGAUUUUAACAUCUGCUCUGUAUUUUGUCUAUACAAAGGUGUGUAAUUUCUGAUCUAUGAUGGGUCAGAGAAAUUGAGAGUUCUGCUAGCCAAGAGUAAGACACUUGGCAACUCUGCUACUUUUUAGGCAUUGCACCCAUUGAAAUGAACUCGAGAAAGAAUUCUACUUCAAGAACUAAAAUUUCCACCUUUAAUUGGAUGAAAAAAAAAAAGAAGAAAA